AUGGCAAAGAAUGACGUAGGAAAAAAUGAGGAAUUGAAGCCAGUUGAAGACGAAGCUGUAAAGAAAACAUAUUUGCAACUUUUGGAAGUUAAAAUUCGCUGCGAGAAACAGAAGCGAGACUUAAUCCAACCGGAAAAUCAGCGUAUACGUAAAAGAGGUCAACGCUGGAAAAAAAAGUCAUAUGAGGCUCGUUUGCAUCAACUUCUUGAAGAUGAGUACCAAAAAACUAUGAAAAAGGUGGAGAAUUGGCUGGAGUUAUGCGAACACCACCAACUCAAUGGACAACAUGGCAAUCAACUCUCCGACGACGAUGGUUACGACGAUUACGUCAGGGAGACACAAACGCCGCUGCUUGAACUUCAGGAAGAUCAUCAAGAUGAUUAUAGUUUCGACAACAACAGUGAUGAUGAUUCUAAUCGCGAUGCGAUGAAGACGAUGAUAAAUAUGACGAGGAAUUUAGAGAUAAAUGAACUUGACUUAAAGCCAACUCCCACCAAAAAUGUCACGUUUAAACAAGUUUACGUUUGA